CUAAAGAUACCAUAGGAAAUGCCGGCGAGACCGGCCGGAAAUAAACAAGCCGGGGCCUAGGACCGGAAGUGUCCUCGGAAGGACUUCCGCCUCCUCGCUGUCUUUCUCCCUUAGGCUUGUGGCCCGAGGGCGACUGACAGUCUUAGCUCGCUUCAUGCAGAUGGAGGAUUUCUAAUUUUGUCUGGGAUCGAGAAAAUUCUGGCCCCCUCUCAUGUUUCCUGUCUCCCAGCUUUGCCUUCUGAGGAUUCUUCAGUUACCUAGGACAGAAUGGCUCCUGUGAUCCCAACAUCUAGGUGUCAGGGAACAUUGACUUUCAAGGAUGUGGCAGUGGACUUCACCAGAGAAGAGUGGGGGCACCUGGACCCUGCUCAGAGGGACUUAUACAAAGAAGUGAUGAUGGACAAUUAUAGGAGCCUGGUCUCCCUGGGGUUUCAGGUGUCCAAACCAGAUGUGAUCAUCCAGUUGGAAAGAGGAGGAUCACCAUGUAUGUCGGAGAGAGAAGAUUCCAGUGAUAUCUGUCCAGAGUUCCUUAAUCAGAUGACCAGGUGUGAAACAGCAGAGCCAACUGUAAAUCCAUGUCUCUCCAGAAGAGUCAUCUGGGAGAGAGUUAAGUCAGAUGGUUCCUUGGAAGACAAUUGGGAGAAACCUGGGAACAUGAUGUUCAGUCCUUGUUCCACAAGAGGGAGUUCACACUACAGAAAGUCUUCAGGAGUGUGCUACACAUGGCAAGAAGUACAUCAGGUAAUUCAUACUGGAGAGAAACCCUUUGAAUGUCACAAGUGUGGGAAAUUCUUUAGCCUUAGUGAGCAGCUUAUUGAACACAAGAGAAUUCAUGUUGGAGAGAAACCCUUUGAAUGUAAUCAGUGUGGGAAAGCCUUCAGUCAAAUUUCUCAACUCACUCGCCAUGAGAAAAUUCAUUCUGGAAAGAAACCCUUUGAAUGCCAUGAAUGUGGGAAAUGCUUCAUCCGUAGUGAGCAGCUUAGUUCUCAUAAGCGAAUUCAUACUGGAGAAAAACCCUUUGAAUGUCAUGAAUGUGGGAAAUACUUUAGCCAGAGAGGGCAGCUUAAUACACAUAAAAGAAUUCAUACUGGUAAGAAACCCUUUGAAUGUGGUCAGUGUGGAAAAGCAUUUAGCAGAAGUUCUUACCUUACUGUACAUCAGAGAGUUCAUACUGGAUCAAAAUCCUUUAAAUGCCAUGAAUGUCAAAAGUGCUUCAUCAGUAGUGAGCAACUUAUUGAACAUAAGAAAAUUCAUACCGGAAAGAAAUAUUUUGAAUGUAAUCAGUGUGGUAAAACUUUCAACCGUAGUUCUCACCUUACUGUACAUCAAAGAAUUCAUACUGGAGAGAAACCCUUUAAAUGUCACCAAUGCGAGAAAUCUUUCAGUGAUAGUGGGAGACUCAGUACACAUAAAAAAAUCCAUACUGGAGAGAAACCCUUUGGGUGUAAUCAAUGUGGGAAAGCUUUUAGCCGAAGUUCUAACCUUAGCGUGCAUCAGAGAAUUCAUACAGGAGAGAAACCUUUUGAAUGUCAGAAAUGUCACAAGUUCUUUAGCCAGACUGGAGUGGAUCCCUUACUGAACACAGGAGAGUGCACACAGGAGAGAAACCUUUUGAUGUCUAUGAAUGUGGGGAAAGCCUUUAGCCGUAGUGGCCAGCUUACCACACAUAAGAGAAUGCAUACUGGAGAGAAACCUUUGAAUGCCGGUGACUGGUGGGAAAGCCUUUAG